GUUAUAAUUAAAACCUCGCAACGCAACUUCGUUACCGACCCUGACGGAUGGCUGGGCCAGAGCUUAUACUUCAACAAUCUUUUCUCUGGAAAAUGGGGCGACAAACAGGAGGAUAGCUCAUACUUCAUUGAGACCGACGCCAACCUCUUCGAACACAUCCUUCGGUAUCUCCGCACCGGUGUUUUGCCAGUUUUCUAUGACAGGCUGGCAGGCCACGACUUUCCCCUGUACCAAGCUCUACUCGGGGAAUCAAAAUAUUUCGCCAUUGGCAGGCUAGAAAAGUGGUUAUGCGAGCGAAAAUACCUGGAGGCUGUCAAGAUACAAUACAUCGCCAAG